ACACGCGGAGAGUUCAACAGAGAGUCUGCAUCCGCUCCUGGUAGCUACCGCUGCUGCGCAUCGCUGUAACGGAUUCUAACUUGAUACACAUCUCAGGAUUCUUUUUCUUUUUUUUUACCCCGAGGGAAAAGGGUUUUUGAAUAUUACCAGCUGCAAAUAUUCAUCUCCCUUUCCCUUCAUUAGUGGAUCUUAAUUUGUUGUGGUUUUGUGGGAUAUUUCUACUAAAAAGAUGCCUGCUGAUAUGAUGGAAAAAACGUCAUCCUCCCCUGUCGCUGCCACUCCGGCAAGCAUGAACACAACUCCUGAUAAACCCAAGACAGCCUCCGAGCACAGAAAGUCAUCAAAGCCAAUUAUGGAAAAAAGGAGAAGAGCCAGAAUCAACGAGAGUUUGGGUCAGCUAAAAACUCUCAUUCUGGAUGCUCUCAAAAAAGAUAGCUCCAGACACUCCAAGCUGGAGAAAGCGGACAUUCUGGAGAUGACGGUGAAGCAUCUCCGGAACCUCCAGAGGGCUCAGAUGACUGCUGCCCUGAACACUGAUCCUACUGUCUUGGGGAAAUACCGCGCAGGAUUCAGUGAAUGCAUGAAUGAAGUCACUCGAUUUCUGUCAACUUGCGAGGGUGUCAACACCGAAGUCAGGACGCGGCUCCUCGGUCACUUGGCCAGUUGCAUGACCCAGAUCAACGCCAUGAACUAUCCCAGCCAGCAUCAGCACCAGCAUCAGCUACCUUCCACCGCCGGGCCGACGCACCCCUCUUUCAGUCAGUCGAUGGUGCAGAUCCCCAGCUCAUCCCCGCAGGUCCUGCCAAUGAAUCCGGUGUCCUGUAAAGGGGGCUCCUCUCCAGCCACCUUACCUUCAGACGCCACCAAAGUGUACGGUGGUUUUCAGAUCGUGCCUGCCACAGACGGACAGUUUGCUUUCCUAAUACCUAAUGCGGCUUUUGCGCCGAACGGCCCCGUCAUCCCCGUGUACGCCAACAACGUCAGCACGCCGGUGCCUGUUCCGGCUGCGGUUUCCCCCGGAGCCCCGUCAGGCAACACAGAUUCCGUGUGGCGACCGUGGUGAGAAGUGGAAAAGGACCACAAGAAAGACAUUGAAAUUACACUUAUUAGUUCACUCUUUGGUCAAUGAUAGAAAGUUGUUUUCAGUAUGUUUUUUUUUCUUGUAAAAUGAAGAGUAUGCACUAUAUUUGUACAGCCAACAAGGGAGUAAAAGUUCAUAUUGAAAUGGGAUUUGUAUUGUGGAAGUCCGUUCACUGCAUUUUUAUAUAUAUUUGAGUUGUCUUUUUUUACUUUGUGACGCCAAAGAUAUGUUCAACGCUCUUAUUCUGUUCUUCGUUUUGGAAGACAAAUAAAUUUGUAAAGAUAUUAAAAACAA